AUGGAGAACAACAUGGACAAGACAGUCUCCAAAAACAACCUGACCUCCCGCGACUUUGUCCCUCGGGGCCGCAAAGCGUCCUCCCAUCGCAACACGGCGCUGUUUGUCGGCCUGCGCAUGCUGGACUGCUUCUUGCAGUCGCGCGUGCUGGCCGGGGCCCCCGCGGUGACAACCCUCCUGGGUCUCUUUGGUGCCCAGCAGAUCUCCAGUCCUGGAUCUUCUCUAUCCAGCUAUCGCCAGGUGUUGCUGGCGAUGCUGUGCACCACGGCCGCCAAACACGCCUGGUUCGCGACGUGCGUGACAGAAGAGGCCUGGACGGUCCACGGCGCCCUGGCAAUCGGAGUCUACAACAUCACCUGCAACACGCUGAACAACCUGCUGUUCCUGUGUACGGCCACGUCGGCGACCCGUCUACCCGCGGGCGAAACCCUGGCCAACCCCUGGCUGCAGGCGGGCGUUGCGCUGUUCGUCCUGGGCAUCGGCGCCGAGUGGCAGUGCGAGCUGCAGCGCCGGGCCUUCAAGACGGACGCGCGCAACCGGGGGAAGCCCUUCACGCAGGGGCUGUUUGCCCUUGUCCGCCACCCGAAUUAUAGCGGCUACACGCUCUGGCGGGGGGCCCUGGGCCUCGCCACCAGCGGGCCGCUGUCGGGGCUGUUGAUUGCGGUGUUUUUUGCCUGGGACUUUUGCAAACGCGCAAUCCCGGCGUUGGAUGAGUAUUGUUCGAAGCGAUAUGGCGCCAUGUGGGUGGAGUACAAGCAGAACACGCGUUAUCGGCUGAUCCCGGGCAUUCUCUAG